UAUCAAGUCAUAUCAUGAAAUCGAAAUUUUGAAGACAAAAUCGUGAAAUUGAACAAUGGCUAAAAUGGUGAAAUUUUUAAUCCGUCUCGUAAGCGCAAUUCUUGUGUUGAAUUGCGUAUCUGCAAGGAGAAUCAGUUACGAAUCGAAAGGAGUUCACUCAUCUGGCAGGUCACAUAAUAGAAUGGCGCGAGGCGCUGGAGCAGUUGAGCACCUAGGUAGUAAUGGAAACGGCAAUGAAAAUAUUGAGAUUUUGAGUGCUAUUAGAAGUAGUCCGGAAAAACUAAUAAGUCGAAACGCGGCUAUUGAAAUGUUAGCUGGUCAUGAGGAUGGUUAUUAUGGUGGUGGUUAUGGUGGCGGUUAUGGUGGUGAUUAUGGUCGUGAUGAUGGUGGCUCUUAUGGUGAAGAUUAUGGUGGUAAUAAUAGUGUUGAUUAUGGUGGUGAAUAUGCUGGUGAAUUUGGUGGUGAAUAUGGUGGUGAAUAUGGUGGUGAAUAUGGUGGUGAAUAUGGUGGUGAAUAUGGUGGUGAAUAUGGUGGUGAAUAUGGUGGUGAAUUUGGUGGUGAAUAUGCUGGUGAAGGUGCUUACGGUGAUGUUCUUGGUGGUCAUUGUGGUGGUGAAGGUAGUUUUACUGGUGCAGGUGAUUAUACUGGUGAAGAUGAUUAUACUGGUGAAGGUGAUUAUAUUGGCGAAGGUGAUUAUACUGGUGAAGGUGGUUAUACUGGUGAAGGUGGUUAUGCUGGUGAAGGUGGUUAUACGGGUGAAGGUGGUUAUACUGGUCAAGGUGAUUAUAUUGGCGAAGGUGAUUAUAUUGGUGAAGGUGGUUAUGCUGGUGAAGGUGGUUAUGCUGGUGAAGGUGGUUAUACUGGUGAAGGUGGUUAUACUGGUCAAGGUGAUUAUACUGGUGAAGGUAUUUAUACUGGUGAAGGUAAUUCUGUUGGCGGUGAUUAUCAGUGGAAUAAAUAAUUCAUAAAAACGCUUGUAAACCAAUUUCAAUGGCUCUAGUAAUUUAAUAAAUAUCAAAUGAAUAAGCGAUUUGUAUUUUCUUAAUAUUAAAAAUAA